AUGAAGAUCACUACCACUUUCGCCGCGGUCGUCGGCGCCCUUGCUGUCCUCGCUCCCCUCACUUCUGCCGCCGCGGUGGCUCCUCGCGACAGCGUCGCCGCCCAGGUCGACAACCUUGAGGCUCGCUCGCAGACUCCGAGCCAGGCAGCUCGCCAGCGACUUGAACAGGCCAAGAAGGCGGCGGCGGAGGCCAAGGCCCGCGCCGAGGCAGCCGCUCGCCGCAGGAAGAAGAACCGCAAGUCGAGCAAGCUCCCCAGCGCCACCACCCCCCUUGCUCGUGCCGUCACCACCUCCACCAAGGCUGCCACUUCCACCAAGGCUGCCACCACCAGCAGGGCCGCCUCCAGCAGCGUCCGGGCCACCACCACCACCUCUGCCAAGCCGGCCACUACCACGAGCACGAACACCACAUUCACCAACUUCCAGAACGACAUUCUCAGCAUCCACAACGUCGACCGAAAGCUUCACUCGGCUUCCCCCCUUGUCUGGGACUCGACCCUUGCCGCCGCCGCUGCCAAGUGGGCUGCCGGCUGCAAGUGGGCCCACACGCCCAACAAUCCAUACGGCCAGAACAUCGCCGCCGGCACCUGGGACACCUUCGGUGCCAAGGACACGACGGACCUCUGGUACGACGAGUGGAAGCUAUACAACUACUCCAACCCAGGGUACAGCGAGGCCACGGGUCACUUUACUCAGAUGGUAUGGAAGGGUAGUACGAAGCUCGGAUGCGCGAUCCAGAAGUGUGGCGCACAGCAGAUCGGCCUCGGGGGAUACGGCAGUAACACCGCCAACUAUGUUGUUUGCAACUACGACCCCCCUGGAAACUGGAUCGGCGAGUUCGCGCAGAACGUCACCCCAAACUAG